GAGUUAUACACUGUGACAGUACUAACAGAAGCUGCCAUGAUGGGAGCUGAUAUAGAUGGAGAUGUUCUGCUGUACCUGGAUAUGGCUCAGUUUCACUGUGCCCAUCAGUUGACUGACUGGUGCCUUCACCACAUCUGCACCAACUACAACAGAGUUUGUCGCAAAUUCCCUCGUGACAUGAAGGCUAAAUCUACAGAAAACCAAAUGUACUUUGAGAAGCAUCGCUGGCCUCCAGUGUGGUAUCUGAAGGAAGAAGAUCAUUAUCAGCGAGCUCGUAAAGAGCGUGACAAAGAAGAUUAUUUGUAUCAAAAGCGCCAGUGUAAACGCAAGUGGCUCUUCUGGAACCUGCCGUCUUCACCUUCCUCCAAUUCUCCAUCUUCUCCGGGUUCCUCUGCAGUCGUCUGAUUGGCUCUCAGGGUGCACGACCCACCUUACAAUCCAAAAAUGGGAUUUAAGCAAAGGUUUAUACUGCGUAAGUCCACAUUUUUUUGUAGAAAAUACCCAAGCCCUGCUUGUUGCAGCUGAUGAGGAAGAAAAAGCAAAAAUGCAACGAUGAAGAAAGUUUGUUAAAACAACACCGGGUGUAUUGUUGAAUCUCUCUACAUUAUUCAUGGGAUUUUUAGCGAUCAACCUAGCUUUGACAUCCUUCUGUGACAUCGCAGUCUUCAUUACAAACCAAGCUACAAGUGUAUAGAAAACACUUUGACUGCAUACAUUCAUAAGUUGUAAUGCUGUCGAAGUGCUUUUAAGCUCUAAAGAACAAGAUAGCAGGAACAUUUUAGAGCAUCCAGUGAAGAAGAUGAAUUAUUUAGUGAUCUACAACCAAACCACUUCUCCAGAGCGAUGUUCUCAUAAUUUACGAUUUGAAUGCUCCAUAUGAAAUCUGAAUGGGUAUAGAGCAGGGGUGGGCAUUCCUGGUACUAGAGGGCAAAGUCAUGCAGAGUAUAGCUCCAACAGCAAUCCAAGCAAUCCUGAAGACUUCAAUUAGAUUUUUCAUUUGUGUUUGAUUAGGGUUGGAGUGAAACUCUUGCAGGGCUGUGGCCCUCCAGGGCCAGGAAUGCCCACCCCUGGUAUAGAGGAAUGUUACGGGUUCAAUAUAACUUAAGUUCUAUCAACAGCAUCAGUGGCAUGAUGUCAAUUAACACAAAAAAUUGAUUUGGUUAUGUUCACUUCUUUCUUUUAAAGCAAAAUUACAGUUACUUUACAUGGGUAAAUCGCCGGGUAAACAACAAUAGACACACUAGUUUCACUAGUAGCCAGUGUUCGAAGCUAAGCCUCUACCCAGCCAAACCCCCCAUCAUGGAUCAACGUUUUAAUCAAAGAAACCCCAAAUUACUCCUUAACUCAAACCCUAACCAUUUUUUACCCAUCAAAUUAGUGUGAAAUAAUAGUUUGAGAUGAAUUUUUUUUUAAAAGCCCCUAAUGCAGGGGUGCCCAAACUUUUUCCUACCAAGGGCCAAAAAUCAAACCUGACUGAGGGCCGUGGGCCAAAAGUAAAUGUUGCUGUGUUAUGUUAAAAUGAAAGUUGCCCUGAUACUCCUCAUUUAUAAUUGACUAAUAUUUAAAAAAAAUAAAUGAGCAAACAUUACUCUGUUUCUGCAAAUUUCAAAGGUAAUUGUUGUAUAAAGUUUAGUUUACUAAACUUUAAAAAAAAAUUCUGCACAUGAAGGUUUCGUGUGAGCACAUAAAACUAAACUUGAGAUUUUUUUUACUCCAAUGUAACCUUAGGGGCUCGGUAAUGUGCCACUACCUCGACCUCUCCAUUAUUAGCCUAAAGAUUUCGUUGAGUUUCCUAAUGUAUGUUAUACAUCUUCAAUUAUGCAUGUGCAUUAAAAAUUAUUCACUUUAAUUCCUUGCAUUUAAUUGCAAUUUACAUAAUGUACAAAUAAAACAAAAAAGGUUACAUUAGAAAAUGUUUAAUUAGAAUUAUGAACAUUUGCAUCAAAGUGGACGUUUAUCCUUUUUCCUUAUCUCACGUGGCAUGACGGGCCAAAAUAAAGGUAAUUGCGGCCCAACUUUUGCCUGCGGGUCCUAGUUUGGGCACCUGUGCACUAAUCCAAUCCUAAAUCUAACAAUCUGUCAAUUCCUCCAGAAAACAGAGUGAGGCACACGGGUCCUUGAAAUCCUUGAAAGUUUGUGAAUAUGGAGAAAAAAAUUUAAGGCCCUGGGAAGUUUUUGAAAAAUACAUACAAAGAUACAGGUCAUUGAAAGUGCUGGAAUCUAUUUUAUGCAAGAAGUUUUCUGGAAAAAAAUCCAUAUUAUUUUCUGUGUAGUGUAGGAUAAUAUCAUAAAAAUUCUAGACUUUUUAAGCACACGUGCUAAACUGUUCGCUUUAAAUGCUUAUAUCUUCUGUAUGCGAAUGUUGAUUCAUACCAAAAUGCUUUUUGCAUAGUUGUGUUUGACACAUUAAAGUGUCUCGGGUUACGUAUGUAACUGUUGUUCCCUGAAAAGGGAACAAGACGCUGCGUCUCCCUUGCCAUACUUCCUGUGUCCCUGUAAUGCCGUCUUGGGCAAUAUUUUAUAUAGUGAUAUACUUCCUGGCUUGUCUUUGUCGUUAAGCCUCACCAUUGGUUGAAUUUGAUAUACACAUUUAGACGCACUUACCACUGAAGGCGUCCCCAAAGUGUCACCGCAGUGACGCAGCGCGAGUUCCCCCGAAAGGGAACUGUAACAAUGUAUCUUAAAAGGUAACACGAUUUAACCUUGCUCUCACGUAUUAUGUGUAUUAUGUCACAAAUGCUGUUGAAAGGGCUUAAGUAACCCAGAAAAUGCACCAUAUAUCGAAGCACUGUCCACUACAUGGGCUCCGACGGAAAGGGAAAUGUUGGAAUGAUAAUGGGUUUACAAAAAAAUCAGCAUUUACUCAUGCGAUGUCACAUAUUUGUGUAUUACAGCAUGAAGUUCAGGUUCAGAUCGAAAUCAAAAAAGCUGUGAUUUAUCUUGAUAACAAUCUCAUAACAACCUCCAAUAGUCUAACCACUUAUUUCAAAACAGGACACUUAAGUGAACAAUCUACAGGGGAAACUUUUCGGUUUCUCUACAGGGAAUAUAAACGGUGCCUCAACACUAUUGGUACUGACUGUAUAUAAAAGUGUGGGUACUUGCUGCUCUCUUUACCAAAGUUAGAUGUAUCAAAACCCUACUACAAACAAACACCGCUGUCAUUUCGAAUGCUCCCAAAUAACUUUUGGAUGUUUGAAGUAUUACGGGCAGGCCCGUGACAAAGCUAUCCCAUGAUGCAUCACAGCAUGAAAGUAGUUGUAGAACACCAGAGUCCCAUUCUGGGUGCAUUAGGUUUUUUAAUAUUAAUAUACUGUAGCUACUAAUAAUGUAACUUAAGGUGUAUCACACCUUAACAUGAGUAUUUGAAGUUGCAUUAAACUAAGUUUACACCCCAGAGGAAAGAAAACUUCACAAGCAUGGUUCAUAGACUUAAACCCUUAUGACCUAACACACGCAAGAAUCAUAGCAGUUUAAACAUAGGAUGACUCGUAAUAAAAAAAUAGUAGGUUUUUAAAGCACAUUUAUGUUGAAUAAAGAUAUUAGCUCACACUUCUCACUUUUAUUAUACGAUAUUUAUAAAAUACAAAUACCAAGGGCGCUAAAAGAGCAACUUGCUUUUAUAGCAAUAUGCAUUUCAGCCAUUAAUUUAGCUGAUAUCUAGAACAUCUAUUUCAAAGCUGACAUGCAUGCAUUAGGCUGUUGUACUGUAGCUGGCUGCAAGGGAAUGCCGAGGAAUAUUGUUAUACAUUAGAAACCCAUACAUAUGAAUGUUUUCAACGGGAUGAUGUGCUUUAAAUGUAGAUACAGUAUAUAACAAACAUAUAAAUGCAUUCAUUGAAUCCCUCCACUUGGGGCAACCUUAUCUGUAUAAUACAUGACGUAUACAGUAUGGCAUAAAGGAUUAUUAUUUUACAACAAAGCAUUACAUUUAACACUCAGGAACAUUUGCAGAUUCAAUGUUUUUUGUCUGUUUUUACUUAAGGGACCUUAAAUGUUGUCUCUAAAUAAAAAAUGUAAUCUGAGAAUAGAGAAAUUUGAUGGAUCAUUUUUAGAGGAUGAUUCAUUGGGAAUUCACAAAUCUGAACCAAACAACCUAAAAAUGACAAAAAUGGUAUAAGGAGAAGCCUAGCAAGAGUUUAAGUGGUGUAUAUUUGUUCUGACAAUCAUAGCAACCUGUUGAUUAUGAAUUUAUUUUUUUUGCUGGCCUUCAUACAAGAAGCAUGUCAUCAUUACCUUAUUUGAAUUCCUAAGAUUAUUAAACAUAGCAUGUCAUUACAGUUUAUAAACAUGAUGCACAUGAAUGUACUGUGAGAUAUGAAUGUAUACACCUUUGUUGUUUUUAUCAACCAAGAUUCACAACCCACAGAUAAAAAAACAGUGAUUGUAAGCAUUACUGAGUUCCUUAUCAGUUAGAGAAAACUGUACCCCAUGCCUUAAUGUAAAGGACACAGUGAUGGUCAUUGUGCUGUUUAACUGUGCUAAUAUGUAAACUUAGCAUACCAUGUGUGUGGAUUAUGUGUAAAAUCUAUUAUGUCAUGUUUGUUUGUAAAAUACAUUAUGGUCAGCUGGAUUGUUUUGUUUUAAAUAGACCAGUGGUUCUCAACCUUUUGCAACUUAUGGUCCACUAAUGAUUGAUUAAAAACAUUCAGAGGAUCACCUUUCCAAAUAUGCUAGUAUAAACACAUCAAUAACAAAAAAUUAAAAGCGUACAAUUACAAUGAGGUACCCCUAUGCAUCAUAUUGGCCAGGUCGCAUAUGCAGGCUCCAUACGUCAUUAAGGCUGUUUACUUAAGUUAACUUAACAUAACAUUUCCAAAUCAUAAGCAUAUUACAACAAUUUAUUAGAAUAAUAGUCAACUUUAUAAUUGUUAAUAUUUUAAAAUUAAACAGUCUAUAAGCAGCCUAGAGAUGUAACCUCCGGAGGCUGCAGCCUUUGGAUUGGGAAACAGCCUUAGACGAACUAGAAAUGCCAUUGCUUCCAAUGGGAAACCACAGUCAAUUCUAGUGAGGAAAAAGCGAUUUAAAGUUCCAUCUUUCAGAAGUUGCAAGUAAAAAAAUAAUAAAUUAUAUAAAUAUAUAUAUUUUUUUACUUGUAAACAUGCAACAAUAAAUGCGUCACUGCCUGACGUUGUGAAAUUCAUAAGAACAACUUGAUGCAACAAGAAGAUUUGUCAAUUGGAUAAAAACAUAAACAUUAAUUUUGCAAUAGUCCAGCACUGUUUAUACAGCCCACCAGAUGGCGCUCCGAGGCCCACAGGAUGAGAAUCACUGAGCUAGACUAUUGUUCAUAUGGUUUACUGUGUUGUCUUUCUGUCAUGUUCUGUCAUUGCCUUUUAUAGCUUUAAAAUGUACUUUGCGAAUAUCAUUGUCUGUUAAUUCAGGGUGGGAAACUUUGUAUUAUACAGUGUGGGUUCAAAACGAGACAAAAGUGACAAUUCCAGCCUGAAAAUAGAUGUACUGUAGGAUUCAGUGGCGGCCAGUGACUUCUUUUUCGAGCAUGAUAUGAAGCUCGUCACAACAGGUAAUUAGCUCAUGUGUCUCGUCAUUUCAAAAUAUGUGUCCGGCGCGUCAUGUAAAUUCACGUGUGAUGUCAAAAUAUGAUCCUGGUGACGACACUUCGAAGGGGUUUAUGAUAAAAGAGACGCUUGCGUUUGUCAGAUACUCACUUAAUCUCAUGUGUAAUCAGAGUUUAGUAUUAAGUGAGUGACUUGUGAGUAUUUCGUGAAAGUGAGCGUCUCUUUCGUCAUAAACCUUUUCGACGCAUGUGCAGCAGGCAUGUAUUUUGACAAGACAUGUGAUACACAUGUUUCACAUGACGCAAACAAAUUUGCGCCCCUUGGAAGAGAAGUCACCGGCUCCCACUGUUAGGAUUUAAAAUAUACUGAACUGCAAUCUUAAUUGACAAAUUCUUAUUUCAAUCAACUAGUAUGCUGAUAGGAAUGUAAUAGCUAGAAGUCUCUGAAUUUUACCUUACUGUACAGUACAGGAAAGUAUGAAAUGGAGUAAAAAAAUUUGGAAAAUUGGAAAUUGGCAUUAUUAUGUGCCAGGAAAAUCCUGUCUGUAUUCUUUGUUGAUCCUGGAACAACAUUCCUGUAAAAAAGCAAAGUCCUUACCUAAAUAUUAACCAUACCUCUCAAAUCUGAGAGAAAUAAAGGUUUAUGCAUGAACCCUUAAUCCAGCCCAACAUACAACCCUAAACAUAAUCCUUUCGCAUAGAGAACUGAAACAGAUUUCUUCCAGGACCAUCAAAGAUGUUGAUGCAGAAACAUGUCCUACCUGGCAAAACCAAUGUGACCUUAGAAAUUAUCAUUAAGGUGGACCCUAUCUUUUAGAUCUUUGACAUGCAGUGUCAAAAUAACAAAAAUAAAGGUUUGAAAGGCUACUAAAAAUGGUAUAAUAUAUAAGCAGUGAAGCAUGUUCUAAGUAUAUUUAUGUUUGCUCUCAGACAAGACUAGAAAACAAAUAAUACAAAAUAAAAAUAAAUCAGGGGUUAAAUCAAAAUAAAUAUAAUAAAAUAAUUACUAUAAAAUCUUAAGAGCUAAUUUUUAAUGAGCUAUAGGCCCUGUAGUGCCAUCAUUGCAAAGAAGCACAAACCAAACAGAGCAUUUUUGCUAAGAAUGUAGCUAGUAGUCAAAAGGCUGAAAGCAAAACUUGAAUGUUUUCUCAGUAUUACAAGCUUGCUAUGAACAAUUUGUAUUUUAAACAAAUUAUUUAAAUUAGUAGUGGAGGAGGUUUUGUAUUCAAGAUAUCUAAGCAUGUGUACUUGAAAUGUGUAAAUAGUGUUUAAUAAAUACAGUCU